GGAGGAAUCUGCUCACAGACUCAUCAUGAUGAAGCUGACUCUGUCCGUCCAUCUCAUCUGGAUUCUCCUCAGCUCUGGUAACGUCACUCUUUCCACUUUAUUAAGACAUUAAAUGAAAACCUGAAAUUAGUUUAAAAGAAGUUUUCAGAUAUUAAACGUCUUUUUUUACCUGAAACACGUCCUACCGGUCUUCUGCUGUACAGUGCGGAUGUUCAGAGAAGAGAAGAAGAAAAAGUUUUAAUGUAGUUUAAUGUAGUUUUAAUGACAGGAUAGAUCAUUUUACAAAAGAAGGCAGAUUUAGAGAAACUACAUCCAGAACUUUGCUGGUUAAAAAAAGAUUGGAAAUUUCUGUUUAGUUGAGUUCAAUCUUGAUCAUAUUGACUUUAUUCAGACACUGAUUGUGACGCCACAGCACACACCACAACAUUAUUAUUAAACCGGCAUGUCUGUCAAACUAUCAUCUAAAAGGGUUACCACAAUCAACACGAUUUGAAAACUCAAAAUAAUCACAAGUUCAAUUAUCUCCGUCUCUACAGCUGAAGCUCUGAAGUGUCGGCAGGAAGUCUUUGAAUCUUGGGAACCGAGCUGGAGAGUCCCAAUGUCCUGUGCUUCUCCUUAUCAGCGGUGUUCAGCAAUGACAACAGGUUAGAGGUGCAGGAGGGUUAAUAUGUCGUUGAGUCGUUUACUGACUCUGUUUCAGAUAACCUCUUCUACCAUAGUUUUAAUCCUCUCAUUAUUUGAGUUCAGUCAUAGAGGGGAUAAUGUCAUCUAAGCACAUCAAAGAGAGAAACUGUACGGCGCCCUCCCUAUGCUCUGCAAUUGAGCGACAAAUUUCAUUCACUCAUGGUUUAAUUAGAGUGGCUAACUCUGGUUACUGCUGCAAUACAGACGGCUGCAACAACAGAGAUGUCAAUGGUGAGUAUUUUGGCUCAUCUCCUUACUAAACCACUCUUUCUAAAAUGUUCCCUGCUAAUUACUGAUCCUCUUCUUUUCUCCAUCGCCCGUAACCUUUCUUUACACCCAGACUUUUGAAUUUCACCUUUACUUACAUGGAUAAAACUUGCAGGACUGUCCACGUGAGAUUUCCAACUCCUCGGGUAAACUUGUGUCCUUCUGUUUCAGUGCCUGAUGUGCAGACACAAAAUGGCCUGCAGUGUUUCACCUGUUCAGGUCCACAGGACACCGUCUGUGACACCAUAGUUAAAUGUGUUGGGAUUCAGGACCGCUGCUUCAAGACAGUCUGUAAGCCUCUUUAAUGCGCUCUGAAAAACAUUCAAAGAAUCUGCUGCAGUCUCCUAACAUUGUUUGUUUUCUUCUCAUCUACAGUGUCAGUGGAAGGCAAGACUGGCCCAAUGCUCGGCUGUGCAUCUGCAAACAUGUGUGAAGGCCACACUGAACUGGAGAACAGUCUUCUCUCUCUACCUUCUCAAUUACCAAGUGCACCUCAAUGUUGUGGGACCAGCCUGUGUAAUUCAGCUCCGACCUUCAAACUGAGUGUUGUUCCUGUGCUGCUCAGUCUCGUUGCUCUCUCUGCCAACUAAAGCUAAAUCUAGCAUGUCACUGAUAUGAAUGCUAACCUUAAGAACACAGGUAUCAUCUACAGGAGAGUGAAACAGCCUGGGUUAUGUUUUAUUAUUUGUGUAUUUUAGCUUAAGAAGAGAAAAAAAUGCUCUUUGAUGUGAACUGUGUUUGUAUCAUUAUUAUUUAGUAGGUGAGACAAGCAAGACAUUUUUACAAAGUCUAUUUCUGCAACAAGAGCUUUGAAGAAUCCUGACAAAAGUUUAGAAACAUUAAAAAAAAGUUGUAAUUUUAAAAUAUGACAUUUAAAAAAUGGUGAUUGUCCUAAAUCUUAUUUUUGAAUCUAACGUUGUUCCUCUGAUCCGGCCUGCAGCAGCAGGUGCCUCUGACAGCUAUUAUGGUCCUCACAGGGACCAUACGCCCUCUAGUGGCCUGUGUAGGUAUUAUCCUUUCCAGACUGUAAUUAAGGAAUAAUACUUUACAGACUUGACUGUCUCAUCUGUUGCUCAUUUCCUUGUGCGUUUAUAGUCCCUGGUUCUUGGUUUUUCAGUAAAGUCUGCGUUUUUUGGUCCUUUUCUUUGUUAUAACUCUGCUCAGUGACAGUUCUCGUGUUGUUAACCACAUAAACCGAGGCAUUAUUUCAGGAUGUCCUGAAGUGAACCAGAGUGUCACUGUUGUCUUUGUUUUUUUUUCCUCUCUUGUAUGACUUCAACUUGUGUUGAUGAGACACAAUAAGAAGUGUGGAUUUCCAUCACAUUUUGCAAACUACACAUAUUCUUCUCCUCACUUUGAGAAAAAAAGUUUCAGUGCGGUCAGGGUGUGCUGAAGCUUUUUUUCUGUGAUCACGUGUGAUGCUGUACUUACGUGAACUUCACUGAUUACUCUGCUCGGCUGUUUUCUGACUGUUAAUGGUCACAGGUUGGAUAUUUCAAUGUUUUUUGUUAUUUGUUUUUUGUGCUUGCAGCCGCUUCAAUAAAUAAAUGAAUAAAACAUAAAUCAGGUCA